AUGCUUGCAGGCGGGCCUUCCUUGCCGGUUCUCGAGUUGGCAGUGCUGCUUGCGGGGCUUGCAUUGGUGCCACUGGAUGUCGACGAGCCGCUGCCGCGACUGCAGCUGAUCGCAGAGGAUUCCGGACCAUUGCUCGCCUUGGUUGUAGCAGAACCUCAACUGGACAAAGCGCAGAUGUUGCUGCAGAUGCUGCAGAAUGAUUCUGGGUAUCCGAGUGGCACACGCGGCACACGGCUUCUUCAAGAUUCAGAGCUCCUGCCAAAAGAGGGACCUGUGACAUGCAAGCUUCAACAACCACAUCACUUCGUUCCGGAGCAGAUCUCCCACAUCUUCUUCACAUCCGGAAGCACUGGACGUCCAAAAGGAUGCAUGUGCAGCUAUCAGAAUUUGGUCUCCUAUUGUUUGGCCAAGAACACCAUCCACCAGGUAGAUACCUCCAGCGUUGUCUUUGUUGCCAGCGCGCACACCUUUGACCCGUCCCUGGGUGACUUCUUUGCCACCUGGGUUGCUGGUGCGACAGUGGCCUUGGCACCGCGCGCAGUGCUGCAGGCUUCGCUGAAGCGCUGCUUGAUCAACGCCCAGGCCAGCCACGUGCAAACGACUCCUGCGCACUUCGCCACUGUAGAGGCUGGAGCACCUCCGCAGCUGCGAGUCGUCGCUUUGGGAGGCGAGCUGAUGCCACAGUCACUGACCGCUUGGGCUGACCAAGUCCGCUUGCUAAACACCUAUGGCGUCACGGAAUGCACCGUGUAUCAGGCAGCAGCAGAGCUCUCGCCUCAAAGCAGUCCACGUUCGCUGGGUUGGGCCCUGCCUGGCACGAAGCUUUGCCUCGCUGCUGGGAGAGGUGACGAUCCGACUUCGUGUGUGGAGGAUGCCAGCGGCGCCCAUGGCGAACUGUGGAUCGCAGGAGCACAAGUGGGUCUUGGCUACAUGAGGCGCCCAGAGCUGACUUCCGAGCGGUUUAGAGAUCUUCCGGGCCUGGGGCGCUGCUUCCGCAGCGGUGACCUGGCUGCUGCCAGAGACGGGGGCUGGCAGCUGCUGGGCCGCCGCGAUGGGAUGGUGAAGCUGCGUGGCCGUCGGGUGGAGCUUGGGGAGAUUGAGGAGGUCCUGCUGGCUUCAGCGCCGGAGGUAAUUUCGGCGGCGGCUGCUGUCGUCAUUCCACCCGGUCAACUUGUUCUCUACUGUGUGCUGCACGGACAGCAGCCGGAUGAUUGCAAAGAAGUUUCCUGUGCAUUGCUUCGACGCUUGGGGGAAGACCGUUUGCCGAGCCACAUGGCGCCCAGCUUGGUCGUAGCUCUGGAUUCGCUGCCGAUGACUGCCACCGGAAAGGUCUCUCGCCGAGAAUUGGCCCAGCGGCCGCUGCCAGAGACAGCCCUGGAGACAAGCCACGAUGGACCCGCUGGCCUGCCGGAGCCAGCCAUCCGUGUCGCUGCGGCGUGGAGUGAGGUUCUCGGGGUUCCAGUGCGAAGUGCCCGAGCUCACUUCCUGGCUCUGGGUGGGGACUCCCUGGCCGCGCUCCGAGUCUGCCAACGGCUGGCAAGCAGGAGCUCUGCAGCACAGACUAGCAUGACUGGCGUCUUUGGUGAGCUUCUGCCAGAGCCGCUGCUCCCGGCACACCUCCUCAGCAGACCUUACUUGGGAGACUACCUGCAGCACUUGCAGCGGUCUUCUGUGGGCCUCGAGUUCAGUGCGGCAAACGACUCCGAGACAUCGCAGGCUGCCCACGCUGAUCAGAUCCCUGACGCAGGCCAGGCCACUUACCACGAACUCCUUCAGCAAGCUGCUGGUGUGGGAGCGAUUCGCGUUGUUCGCAACCUCCUGAAACACAAGGACAUCAUUCAGUCAGCCACGUGUGCGCGCACGCCGUUGCAUGCCGCAUGCAUCAAUGGCCGCACUGAAAUCGUCCAACUGCUGCUGGAAGCCCGGGCCUCCGUGGGCGUUGCUGAUGGAAACGGUGUCCAGCCUCUCCAUGUGGCAGCGCAGGGAGGAUCGGAGCCAGUGCUUUCCUUGCUUCUUGGAGCGCGCGCAAAGAUGGAUGCCAUCAGCAUGGAGAAGCAAACCGCUCUUCAUUGGGCAGCCCGAUCUGGAGCACCUGGAGCUGUCCUGAAUCUUCUUCUGGCUGAAACGGGCGGUGUGGCCAGAAAAGCUCGAGGCAGCAAAGCCCCCGCAGCAGUGAAGGUUGAUGCCAAGGAUUCAUGGGGCAGGUCACCAUUGCACUGGGCAGUCGUCAACGGCCACAGAACUGUCGUUAUGAAACUCCUUGAAGCAGGUGCCAACCGCAAUCUGCAAGACGCCGAAGGUGAGACGCCUCUGCAAAUUGCCGAGCGCCGGGCCCAAUGUCGAGCACAAGACCGACCAGGAGAUAUGGGGGCUUCUGUCUUCGGUGACAUUGCCACUUUGCUGGGCGGCUCAGCCAGCACAGCCGGCGACUCUUUCCUUCCUGCGCAGGGUGCGUGUGUAGCUGCCUCAUUUCUGCCUGUGCAGUAUCCGACCGAACAGCUUGACCUCGAAAAGAUAUUGUUCUCACCAGAUUCCACUUUCAAGAUUGGUCUUGGCGUGACUAUAGUUGGCUUCCUCAUCGGCUUGGUGUCCAUUGUUACCGUCACUGCUGCAAUGGAAGACAAGAGUGGACGACUGGCCACUUCGGGCCCCUUUGCCGUGGUAAGGUCUCCAACAUAUACAGGUUUCAUAAUCAUGUGCGCUGGGGCUUGCAUCAUGACCCUCAGCCCGGUGCGAGCUGUGUUCACGGUGGCCCUGGCGAUCGUUCUGUCCAUGAAGCUGGCGGAGGAGGAGGAAGCCUUGCUUGAUGCACGGCCCGAAGAGUGGGCGCAGUACACCAAGUUGCUUGGAUUUCACAAGGGGUUGCGCUUAGGAUUUCCACGCGUAGCUACACAAACACAGAUCAAUGCUCUUUUCCUGGUUUGCGGAAAGGGUGCCUUGGCUCCAGUUCCUGCGCUGCCUGCGCUGCUUGCGUCCUUGGCUGUGCCGGCGGCUUUGCAGCUUUUCAAGCGGCGGGCGAGGCCUUGGAGGACCCGUGGGCCCAAGCUCUGUGCCACUGGCUUUGCCGUCGAAACACUCAGGCAGCGUGCAGUUUAUGGGCCCCAAGAUGGCUUUGAAAGGGAGGCAAAACUGAGGACUUGGUUGAAGCAAAUGGGGUGCAGCGGCAUGGACCUGGUUGAGCUUGGCAAGAAGUCCGGCGUGUGGCUGAAGCCCGACCUGAGUCCCGCAGAGCAGGAGGCUGUGAGAGAAGGGAACAUUGUCCUGGAGGUGCCAAGGCAAGCCUGGAUUCAGGCUGUCGAUGUGUCUGAUGAAGUCGACAUCGAGGAAGCGCUCGCUGCACAGCUCCUCCAAGAAAGGGCGAAAGGUUCUGCUUCAAGUUUCGAGCCUUAUGUCGACUUUCUCUGGCGCAGAGACCUGUCGCACCAUCCCAUGUUCUGGAAGUCUGAAGAGCUGUCGUGGCUAUCGGCUUGCGACGGCGCACAGGCCGCGGUCCUGAAGAUGCAGGAGCGGGCAGAGCAACGCCUGGUCGAUCUACGCCAGAGGUUCGAGUCGGCAUCGGAGGAGGACAUUCGUUUUGCCCUGUGCCUGGUGGAGACCAGGGCCAUCCAGACCGAGGGUGUCUGCGGCGCACUUGUCCCGCUGUUGGACCACCUGCGCAACGACUCCACCGCCAGCCCCGCCCUGAUCGUUGGGGAUGAAGGGGUCGCUGGUGGUCCAAUUGUUGGCGUCGCGCUUCAUGAUCUGGAUCCCGGAUCAGAGUUGCGCAACUGCUUUGAGCCUGUGAGCAACCUGGAGCUCUUCACGCAGUACGGCGAGGUUCAGAUCCGCGAUGCUGCUGGAGUUGAUGAAGCCGUGCCCGAAGCUAACGCAUUCAACUAUGUGCAGCUACCUGUCAAAGCUUUUCCAGAGCAGUGGCGCGCAAGCUCAGAUGCUUUGAAGAAGGUGAAGCUUGAGGUUCUUGAAAGACGGGCUGGCCUUGACCUGGGUCGCGAAGCUGGUGCACAGCAGGUCAUGCGGCUGCCUAUGGAUGCCAUGGUCACUGGCCGCAUGCUCCCUGCAGCGCGCUUUAUUUGCAUGCCGGUACCGCCCCAAGACAUGGAGGAGAAGUGCGAGGAGCUCUUCACGAACCUGUUCUCAGACUGUGAUCCCAGCUUACUUCCUGGGAACAAUGACGAGUGGGGCAGUCAGUCGGCAAGCUCGCGAGCGCCGCCAGCUAAUGCCGACGAGUUGGCCCUGGAAGUUAAGGCGCGUGUGCUCGUGGCAGAAUGGUUUGAGACCGCCCUGCGGGGCUACGACAAAAUGUCCGAGAGGAUAGCUCAGGAUCUAGAAGACACACUCCUCGAUACUUCGUCAUCUUCGCCAUCUUCGCCUGGCGCUCCCAGCGAAGAUCGCAGUCAGCCGCGACUGGCAGAGGUUACCUACGCCUAUUACAAGGCUAGGCGCAAGGACGGAAGCAAGGGGAAGAGCCGAGCGCCAAAGACGUGCCGAGUGCUUUCCUCCCGUCCCAGUGAAAGUACUGUCAUUGUUCAAUUCCUGGAGAACGGUGUUCGGCACACAAUUCCAGAGGAGUGGCUGGUUCGCGAGGCCAGCACUGUGGCCGGGGCCAAUCAGCAGGGCGAGCAAGCUGCUCAUCGAGCUCGGGGCCUCCUCGCAAUGGCUUUGCUGGGCAGCCAGUCGUCUAUCAUCCAGGCUUGCUACGAAAUGCUGUUGAACGUGCUGCAGAUUGGCCAGGGAAUCCUGGACUGCAAACAGGAGCCGGAAAGGAGAUCAAUGGUGCAACAGUUUCAGCAGGCCUGGCAAGAGGAGUACGACAUGCUUCUGCAGUGCCAGUCUGACAAGCAGGAACCUGCCUAG